CCUGCACCUGGAGCUACAGCCACACCUGCAGCCGCACCUGGACCUGCAGCCGCACCUGGACCUGCACCUACAAUUGCAGUCGCACUUGGACCUACAUUUGCACCUGCAGCCGCCUGGAGCUGCAGCCAUACCUGCACCUGCAGUCGCAUCUGCACUUGCACCUAUACCCGCACCUGGGGCUGCAGCCAUACUUGCAGCCGUAACCCCACCUGCACCUGGAGACGCACCUGCAGCCGCCAGGAUGUCGAAGAUGCCGGCCAAGAAGAAGAGCUGUUUCCAGAUCACCAGCGUGACGCAGGCGCAGGUGGCGGCCGGCGGCGCCGCCGACGACACCGAGAGUCUGGACGACCCGGACGAGUCGCGGACCGAAGACGUCUCGUCGGAGAUAUACGACGUGUCCCGGGCCGAGUACGAGCCCGUGUGUGACCGGAGCUCGUCCGAGGGCGAGGCGGAGGCGCCGGCGCCGGCCCCCCUGGCCGGGGAGCCGGCGGGGGUGUCCGGCUCCGUUGGGGGGGCCGCUGCUGCUCCCCUAGUGGGAGUGGGCCUCCCGGCACCUUCACCCCAGCCUGCUGCAGCUGCCAGCACCGCCGCCCCCCCUGCCACCUCCACCUGCUCCUCACGCUUCAGAGUGAUCAAACUGGACCACGGUACCGGAGAACCCUUCAGACGGGGCAGGUGGACCUGUACAGAGUUCUAUGAGCGGGACUCGGAGGCCGGCAGGACUGCAGACAGCAUACGGCACGGCAGCGUGACGUUGGACCCAGCUGCGGACAGAGAAAGUGGGCCGGGGCUCCCGGGGGGUUCUGCUGUCCCCCUGGCGACGCACUCGGGCCUGGGUUCCACGGCAGAGGCGUCGCAUUUGUCAACCCGUCUGCAUUCAGUAGAGACGCUCUCCCAGCAGCAGCCGCAGCAAACCCUGCAGCAGAACUUCGGUGCCCCCCAGCCCGGUGUGGGCGGGUCGGCCCGCGCUGCUCCCCUGAACAUCAAGCCCACGGCCGCUGAGGGAGCGCUGCAGCCGCCUGCGGCGCAGAACCUGCUACCUGUCGGACAGAACGGCCUCUCUCAGCCCGGCGUCCACUUACAGAAGUCCCCCGUCAUGCCCCCGGCAGCCCAGCCCGUCCCAUUCCCCCCCCAGCAGCAGGUUGCCGUGGGUCACCACCUGGCCAGCCAGACCGAGUACUACCAGCCCCAGCAGUCAGGGCCGCCCCUCCCUCUGUCCAGCCUGUCCGCGGGGCCCGGUGGACAAGGUCCCCCGUCGGGGCCGAGUCAGGCCGGAGAGGGUCCUGGAGCAGGAGGGGGGGGUGUGACCGCUGGACUACCAGCUGCAGCUGGAGGUACCGGAGGCCCCGCACUGGCCGGGGGCCCCGCUCCGCCGCAGCAGACUGUGGGCCAGUACGCGGCUGCCCCGGGGCCGCCCCAGCCCCUCGGCCCCCCCGGGUCCUCGGGGGGACAGAUCGUGCCUGCCAUGGCGGUGAGCUCCAGCGUGCUCGCCGCCGUGUCCGCCGCCAUGCUCAGUGCCUCCAGUUCAGCCCUGCCAAAUGCUACGGGCUUCAGUUUGCCUCCCAGCAGGGCUCCGGGGGCCUUGGGGGCCCUGGGGGGCCUCCCAGCAGCCGGGUUUGGACAGAUGGAGGCUGGGGGACGGAAGUCGGAGGGACUCAUCAACGCACAGUCUCCGCUCGUCUCUGGGAGGGACGUGGUGAAGCCCUUCAUGUCGGAGACCCUGCAGCUCAGCGGCCCGACUGUCAACAGCCUGUUUGGAAUCCACAUACCUGUAGACGGGGAGGAAGACAGUGCCUCUGGAACCAACAUUGUUGCCAUCGAUAAUAAAAUUGAACAGGCAAUGGACCUGGUGAAAAGCCAUCUGAUGUAUGCAGUUCGCGAGGAGGUGGAGGUGCUGAAGGAGCAGAUCAAGGAGCUGUACGAGAGGAACUCUGUGCUGGAGAAGGAGAACGCUGUACUGAAAUCUCUGGCCAACAGCGAGCAGCUGUCCCAGCUGUCCCCCCCUCCGCCGGCCGCCAGCUCGGGUGCGGCCCCCCCCCCCUCAGCAGCAGCAGCAGCCGGCGCCGCCGCCGCACCCCCAGCUCCGGCUCCUCCCCAAACCCCAGCAGCCCCAGCAGCCCCAGCAGCCCCAGCUGGAGCCGGGCCAGCAGCUGCAGCCCAACGUCACCUCCGCUUGAAGUGCAUCAGCAACUAAAGAGACACUGAGAGAAGAGCAUCUUCUUGUACAACUUAUUAUAAUUAGUAUAUGUGAAAUUAAAAGGAAGAAAAAAAACUUUGUCUUCUUAGCCACCAGCUUGACCACAGAGUACAGUGUGUGUGUGUGUGUGUCAGUGUGUGUGUGUGUCGACGAGAGUCGGCCAGAGCGACUGUGAACCUGUUGAAGUGUGCGUGUGCAUCUGUACUGUGGGCCUUUCCAGUGUUAAUGCAAUCAUCAGAGCGACGGAGACUGAGGCGGAGGGCGUAGCGGCGGCACCGCGGGUCAUGCAUGGUUUCCUUUGGUUUUUACACCUCUUACUGAUGGGACGACUGACGGGACUGACCUCAGUGUUCUGCAGACCUGCCACUGCUCAGACGAGGGGAGUUGAAAUAAAGGAGGGGGGGGGUCUCUUGUGAGGAUCAGACGGGAGUGGGGUUUCCUUUUAAAUGAGAGAAUGCAGGUAAAGCGGUAUUUUUCACGGUCCGUGUACUUCACGGCCAUUGGUUUUUGUUUUGAAAUGACAAAAUAAAAAGAGAAAUAAUCCGUUUCCCAUCUUUUGUUUUGAUAAUAAAAAAACGGAAAACGGAUCGUUAUCCGAUUUCAUUGAUGUGUUUGAAAAUCAAAAUUGGGAAUUAAAACAGCGAAUGGAAAACUCUUUUCUCUAUUUCCUAUUCGUUUCCAACAGGGGGGCAGUAUGUUAGAGUUCAGUACAUGUUAUUGAUUGGACGCUGCAGCUGAACGGACUGUCACAACAUCACUGCAGUUUCAUGACGGAGUGAAGACAGAUUACAGAUUAAACUCAUGUUUCACUCCCAGGUUUCAUAUUUGAUUUAUUUUCUGUUUCAACAUUAAAAAAAUCUAAAACUUAAUUUUCAAUCUGAUGAACAAAAGAAGCAGAAACAACUUUCUUCAUGUAUUACUGCGCAUGUGCAAUCCCCCCAUUUGUCCAAUCCUUGUUUUCAGUAUCCUUGGAAACCAAUAGGAAAUAGAGAAAAGAGUUUUCCACUCGCUGUUUUAAUUCCCAAUUUCGAUUUUCAAACACAUCAAUGAAAUCGGAUAACGGAUAACAGAUAAUGGAUAACGAUACGUUUUCCGUUUUUUAUUAUCAAAACAAAAGAAACGGGAAACGGAUUAUUUUGGAUUCUUUCUCCAUUUUUAUUUUGUCUUUUCCAAACAAAAGGAUGGCUGAAGUACGCAGACCUUUCACCUUGCUUUUUCAUGUUGUAAAGUGAAAAUUGGGAGUGGUUUGUUUUGUUUUUUUUGGGGGGGGCACCACACUGCUGCCGUUACUUUUGCAUCAGUCUUCUGAGUUCUACUGUCACUAGUGUUGUAUUUAUUGCGGCUGCUCCUCGUAAACGAUCAGUGUCAUGAAUCCUGUCGAAGAGCAGCCUGUUUCUUCUUUUCUUUCAGUGUUUUUUUUUUUUUUAAAGCUCGAUCACACUUCCCUGGCAAAGUUUUGUGAAAAUGGAGGCUAAAAUAAAAUCAACCCAAUUCUGA